UUUUUUUUGUCCUUUUUUCCUUUUUCUUUUAGAAAUGUUAAAAAAAUACAUUGAUCAUAUUGAACAUCAAUCAGCUCUUCAAAUAUUAUGUCAACUUGAACAACAACAACAAAAAAAUAAUAAUAUAUUAAUACCUCCAGAAAUAUCUUCAGUUAUAAAAGUUCAACCUGGAGAUUGUAUUGCUUUAGUUGGAAAAAGUGCAAGUGGAAAAACAUAUAUUCUAUCACAACUAGUAAAAUAUUCUAUAGAUCAACAAUAUCAUGUUUUAUAUAUUGAUUUGGCACAACAAUAUGGUUCUACUUUUUCAUCAAAUACAAUACAAAACGAUUAUAUUCAUAUCUUUCAACCAAGUACAAAUAUAGAAUUAUUAGGUAUUAUUCAUGGUCUUGAAAAAUGGUUUUAUAAUCAAAAUAAUAAGAUUCUUUGGGUUAUGGUGGAUGGUGAAUGGCAAACUACACUUAAACAACAAUUAUUAGAUAAAAUCAAGAUAUUACAACACUAUUGGUCAUUUGCUUUAGUUUAUACAAGUCGAACUUUUUUACUUGAUACGCAUGAUUAUCAAUUUGAAUGUUACAAACAAGAACAAAAUAUUCGUAUGAAAUUGGUUUGAUGGCUCCUUGUCAUACCUUUUUAUCCCGGAAACGACAAAGAUGGAAAUGCGAUGGUUUAGAAUGGUGUCACCGGAUAUGUUUCUCUCUUCUUCAGUUUUUGUCCCUCCCAAAUUUGUACACAUAGAAAACAACAAUUUUUUUUUUAUUCCCCCUCCCCUUGUUUUUUUUUUAUAUUCUUC